AUGGAAGUCCCACAACCAAUUAUUGAACUUUUACAGUCAUUAAACUCUGGUAACAAUGAACAAAUUAAAAAGGGCGAAGAGUUAUACAAUCAAUUAAAGCGUCAACAACCAGAUCUUUUAAUUUCCAGUUUUAUUACUUUAAUCAGAACUUCACAAAAUGAAGCUUUAAGAUCAUAUCCACCAGUUUUACUUAGAACUUUAGUUAAUGGUGUUGAUUCAGGUAAUAUUCUUUCAUCAUUAAAACCAGAAACUAUUGGACUUUUAAAAGCCGAAUUAGUCAAUGCUGUUUAUCAAGAACCAAAGAACUAUAUCAGACAUUCAAUUCUCAAUGUUAUUGCAGUUCUUGCAAUCUAUCUUAUUCCAAAACAACAAUGGACUGAAGUUUUAGAAUUCAUUGUACAAUCAGCCAAAGACCAAAAUGAAAAUUUAAGAGAGUCUGCUUUCUUUUUAAUUGGUGCUAUUAUUGAUGACCCAAGCGUCUCACAAGCUCUUUCACCAUCAUUCCCAGUUUUUGCCGAACUUGCUAAAAAAGGUCUUGAAGAUCCAUCAACUAAAGUCAAAGUUGCUUCAUUAGAAACCAUCUCUUCUUUCAUUGAUGCUAAUCCAGAACAAGCAGAAGUUUUUAAACAAUUAAUUGGAUUAAUGUUACAAGCUGUUCAAAAAGCUAUUGAAUCAAAUUUAGAAAAAGAAGCACAAAAAGCUAUUCUUGCUUUUAUUAUUAUUGUCCAAUAUCACCCAGAUUGGUUCAAAGCCGAAUUUAACCUUGUUUUUAAAACUUUCUUUGGUUUCCUUGAAUCAAAAGCACUUGAAGACGAAACUAGACACACCGUUUUACACUUUUUCCUCACCGUUGCCGAAGUUAAAUCAAGUUUAAUGAAGAAGGCUGAAUAUUUAGAGCCAUUAGUUUUACUUUUACUCAAAUGGAUGUCCACUGUCGAAGAUAUCGAUUUUAAAGAAUGGAACAGCUUAGAAACUGAACCAACAGAAGAUGACGACCCAAAUGUUGCCCUCGAAGCUAUCGAAUCCUUAUCUCAUUGUAUCAGCAAAGGUCUUUGGGAUUUCUUUGGUAAAUGUGCCCCAACUCUUAUUAAAUCAAACAACUGGAAAGAACGUUAUACAUUCUUAAUGACCCUUUCAGCAAUUUCAGAAGGUUGUCAAAAGAAAAUUAAACAAAACUUCAAACUCCUCAUUGAACAUAUGACUGCUUUAGCCAAAGACCAACAUCCACGUGUUCGUUUCGCUUUCUUCUAUUGUUUAGGUUCACUUUCAACAAGUAUCAAACGUGAAGUUCAAGAUGCAUACAAAGUUUUAAUCCCAAUCGCAUUAGAACAUCUUAACGACCCAUUUUCAAGAGUUAUCAUUUCAGAUUGCGAGUUUUUAACUUUAUUCCUUGAUGAAAUUAAAACAUCAAGAGUCAAAGAAUUCAAAGACCAAUUUUUAGCAGGAUUAUCACCACUCUUACAAAGCAACGAUUACAAGAUUGUACAACACUCAUUAAAUGCUUUCUCAAGUGUUGUCGAUGGUAUUGGUGAAGAUUUUACCAAACAUUAUGGUGAAAUUAUGCCAUUCUUAAUUAAAAUCAUUCAAACUCAAACUUCUCAAGAAACCAAAACUCUUCGUGGUAGAGCUAUCGAAACUAUAUCAUUAAUCGGUUUAGCUGUUGGUAAAAAAGUUUUCAUCAGAGAUUGCAUUGAAAUUAUCAAUUACAUUUCAUCAUUACCAAAAUUACCAGAUGACGAUCCACAAGUUGAUUUCUUCUUAAGAGCUUUCACUCGUUUCGCUCAAUGUCUUGGUGAAGAUUUCGUUCCAUAUCUUCCAAAUGCCAUGUCACCAUUAAUGGAUGCUAUCAAUGGUAAAGUUGAAAUCGAAGAAAGUAAUGAAUAUGCCGAUUCAAUUGGCUCAUCUGGCACUGUUGUUAUGGAAAAUAAAGCUAUGGCCUUAGAAAUGGUUUCAAUUUAUUGCAUGGAAUUAAAGAUUCAUUUAUUCCCAUAUGUCGAAAAAUUAUAUAGUGGUUCAAUCAGUUUAAUCGAUUUUGCCUACAAUAGCAUCGUUCCAAUUCAAGCUGUUAACCUCAUCCCAUAUCUCGUUAAAAUCUGCAGAGGUUAUUAUGAAAGCCAAGGUGUUCCAAAUGGUAUGGCUUCAGAUUAUACCGCCAAAAUAUACAAUGAUGCUUUUGAACGUUUAGUUGCCUCAAUUAAAAUCGAAGCUGAACCAGAAAUUGCCUCUGCUAAAUUAAAAGCUUUAGCCGAUCUUCUCGACAUUGGUGGUGGUUUUGAACCAACCAAAAUACUCAAUGCUACUUUUGAUGCUGUCCGUGAAACUUUUACAAACCUUCAAGAAAUCGAAGACGAAUACCAACAAGGUAUCGAUGCUGAAGAUGAAGAUGCUGAUGAAGCUCCAGAAAGAGAAAUUAUCGAUGAUGCUUACAACAGUUUAGCUAUGGUUUUAGGUGAAGUUUGUAUUCAAUAUAAAGCUGCUGCUGUUCCAUAUAUUAAAGAAGUUCUUGUAACUAUCAACGAUCUCAUCGAAAAAGCCCCAUCUGUUGAAAUCAAAACAUCUAUGAUUUGCAUUUUAGAUGAUUUAAUUGAAAAUGGUGGUCCAGAUGCUUACCUUCUUUAUCCACACAUUAUUAUUCCAAUGUUAAAAUGCGCUUCAGCCACUGACGAAGAUCCAUCACUCAUUCAAUCAGCCGUAUUUGGUCUUGGUUUAGCUGCUGAAAACGGUAAAGAAUAUUUUAGUCAAUUCUUAAUGAAAUCACUCGAAGUUUUAGUUGGCAUUAUUAAUAGACCAACCAGCGACGAUGAAGAAGUUGCUGCUCGUGAUAACUCCAUCUCUGCUAUGGGUAGAAUGAUUGUUUCCCUUCCAGCCCAUUUAGGCAACAAUCUUCCAGCAUCCAUUGAUGCAUGGUUAAGCUAUCUUCCAAUCCAAGAUGAAGGUGAAGCCCAUUCCAUCAUUAAAUCAUUAGGAUUCCUCAUCCAAACAUACCCUCAAUUAGUUUUAACUGAAAAUAAAAUUGUUAGAAUUUUAGAAGUUAUCGCUGUAGGUCUCAUCAGAAAUGUUAUUGAUGAAAACGAAAAAGCUGCUUUUGUCAAUGCCUUAUCACCAUUCAAAAAUCAAAUCAUUCAACAAUUUGGUAAUGUCAAGGCUGAAUAUAGAGAACCACUUAAUACUCUUUUAAAAUAA